AAGUAAGGGUCCAUGUACAGUCAUUUCAAUUACAUCGACAGACAACACUCUCAUGAGGCAACUGGGAACUCUGAAAAGUCUCAUAAAGUGCAUUGUGCGAAUUGGAAGGAAGAAGUUCACUUACGUAAAGAGUUGGAUGCAUUGGGGAGACAAGAAAAUGGCACAAUAAAACGCAUAUAUUUAGAUCAGAGAAUAGUGGCCAACAAAUUUCGUCGCUGUGUUUCUAGGAGUAUCGACAUUAUCAAAACUCACGACGAUCUAAAAGCCAAUAUAAGCUACAACAGAAUUUCAAAACGUAAUUCACCUGGACUGCAAUCAUCGAUGGCAAAUGCUGGUAAAACGUCAGCAAAGUCUCAGCAAGUAAUAACACGACCUGUCACAGCAAGUGAACUACGUGUAAGAGCAUGGGAACGAAAGAUAAAGACAGUCAGUGGUAAGUUGCAACGAGCACAAAGCGCUCCCACGUUAAGGACGAAUGUUCAUUCCGCCAAACAUAAACGUUUUGAACAGUCGAACAUUGCGAAAAUAUCUAACAAAAAGCAGUACAUGGCCGUCAAAUGUCAUGCAGGACGUGGAUAUGAUGAGCAGAGAUAAGAAUGUAGCUAAACAGCUGUGGUGAACUUCAAUGACAAAAUGAAAGAAAUGUGCUCAUGUUCAUGCACCACGCCUACGGAACGGGGUGGGCCUCAUCCUCUCCUGCAUGCAGGUUAGGUAAUAUUGGUGAUAACGUCAUGCGGGCAAUUUUGUUAAAAUAUUAUUAGUGAUAGUAUCAUAGUCGGACAUUUUUGCGAUAAUCGUUAAUUCAUGCAGUCAUCCAUUAGAAAGACAAGAAUAAAUUAAACCAACGUCGUCCGGCUUCUCUAAAUCCUCAUGCAUUGGUUAUUGCAUGGUUAUAAUUACAUCUGUCACACAGAUAGCAUUUCUGAUUUUUCUCAUGUUCAGUUGAAGUUGUUUUCAUUAUAUGGGGAGUUCCCUGUAU